CCAGACCGCCUCAUAGAAAUUAUAAACACUAUUCUCCAGCAUUUCUUUCUUGUUUCUCGUGCUAUUAACAAUGGCGGAAGAACCAGCAGUGAAUUCUUGUUGUGCUAAGUGGAUAGCGAAAAGGAAUGCUCUACGAGAAGCCGUGAAGCUUCUUAAUCAGUGGAAAGAUCAGAUUGAAGACGAGAAACUUAAUGUCUCAAAAGAGUUAGAGGAGGAGCGAGCACGAGUAGAGGUGGAGAAAGAGGCAAAAGUUAAAGAAUGUGGUGUUAGAGUAGAAUUAGAGAAUGAGAUUCUGCAGUUGAAAUCAGAGAUUACCUCCUUACAGGAAACUGCUUAUUCAAGAGAGGAUGCAGAAACGAAACGUCUCAGGGUGCUUCUUGAGAAAGGAAAGAAGAGGGGAGAUGCUGAAAAAAAGAGGGCUGAAGCGGAGAAGAAGAAAGCUGCAGAAACAUUGAAGCUACUGAAAGCUGAAAGAAAGAAGGCUGAAGCGGAGAAGAAGAAAGCUACAGAAGCAUUAAAGCUAUUGAAAGAAAUCACAUUAGAGGAGGAGCGAGCACGAGUAGAGACGGAGAAACUGACAAAAGUUAAAGAAUCUGCUGUUAGAGUAGAGUUCGAGAAUGGGAUCCUGCAGCUGAGAUCAGAUUUAACCUCCGUACAGGAAACUGCUUAUUCAAGAGAGGAGUUGCUUCAGACCCAAAUUUCACAAGGAGAUGCAGAAAACAAAUGUCUCAAGGAGCUUACUGAAAAAGAAAAGAAGAGGGGAGAUGCUGAGAAAAAUAAGGUUGAAGCGGAGAAGAAGAAAGCUGCAGAAGCAUUGGAGCUAUUGAAAGCUGAAAAGAGUAACUUGGAGGAUCUGAUUCAAAAGCAGGUCUCAGUCGGGGAAGCACAAACCAAACGUCUCAAGGAGCUUCUGGAGAAAGAAAAGAAGAGGGGAGACGCCGAAAAAAAGAAGGUUGAAGUGGAGAAGAAGAAAGCUGCAGAAGCAUUGAAGCUAUUGAAAGCUGCAAAAAAGAAGGCUGAAGCGAACAAGAAGAAAGCUCUGGAAGCACUCAAGUUACUAGAAGCUGAAAAGAGUAAAGUGGAUGGAGAAAAACAGCAAAUUGAUAAAGAUAUGAUUCAAAAACAAGUCUCAGACGGGGCAGCGGAAAUUAAUCGUCUCAGGGAAUUACUGGCGAGAGAAAAGGGUAGAGUAGACUCUGAAAAAGUGAAAGCUGAGGUGGAAAAGAAAAAAGCUUUAGAAGCACUAAAGUUAUUGGAAGCUGAAAAGAGUGUAACUGAUGGAGAAAAAAAGAAGUUUGAUAUGGAAAGAAAUAGAUCUGAGGAACUUAAGACCACUUUGGAAGCCUUGACAUCUGAGGCUAAUGAAACCGGAAUAAAACUUGGUACAGAGAGAUCAAAAGCACAGAAAAAGCUAGAAGCUGUGAAUAAUAAGGCAAAUAGGUUGAAGAAAAGAGCAGAUUCCGAAAAGGCAAAAGCAGAGCUACUGAAGAGGUGUGCUGAAGAAGUGAGAAAGAAGCUAUUCGAUGAAAACAAUAGGUCGAAUGAAUUGUCUAGGAGGUUGGAAGAGGAGAAAAAGAGGAGUGAAGAAUUGGAAAGGAAGGUUCAGGAUAUCAUGUCCACCAAGAAUGUGGAGAAGAUCUGCCCUGAAGAGUCAGAUAGACAGCAUGAAAAUGUAAACACAAUCGCUGCAAAUGCAAAUGUGGCGUUCUUAGAAUAUAAGCUGGAGCUUGAAUAUAAUCAUGUAAAACUUGCUAAAAAGGUGGCUAAGUUUGAGAAAAGACGCAAUGAUUUGUUACAGCAAGAAAUCUGCCGCUUAAAACAGGAUCUUUUCCAAUUCUGUCAUCGACUUAAUUCAGUAGAUGGCUGUUUCUCUCAUGGAGUCGAAGGGAUAGAUGCUUCAGCAAAGCAGGGAACUUCAGAGGCGCCAAAACUACCUCAGGUACGUACCUCUAGAUGCAGAACAAGCAGAAGCGAUAGCUCUACUCGCAGCUAUAGUGCUCGCCCGAUAAAUGGAGCUGCAUGAGGUCUGUUUUGUUAGAGAUUGCAAGGCAGUUAUCAAAGCUAUAUCUAGUACUACGUCAUGUGUUAAAUGGUAAACUGCUCCUGUUUUGGUGUAUUGUAAAUAUGCUCGUAAGAUCUCCUUCACAUGUGUAUAUGUAAAUAGAACAAAGAUGAUGGUGAACUAACACCUUAGCUAAGUCCAUUUUGACAGUUGGUUCAUGUAUAUCCUGGUUAAUUAGUGUCUCCUCCUUGAAGAGUUUCUUGAUGAA